GGAGCAUUGUAGUCUAGUUGACUACUUGAUGUAUUGCAGUAAUAACUGUAACUCGUAAAUUCGUCAGUGGCUCUGUCACAAUGGGCAAUAUAAGUAAAAUACAGUUCUUAAUAUUAGUUCAAUUCUUUUACAGUUUAUUCUUAAGUCACGCUUCAACCAUGAAUGCUUUGAGUCCUUUGGAUCCUUCCUCAUACUCUCGGCCUGAGAUUGCUGUGGUGAAACACACUUCUUUCUCCCUCAAUGUGGACUUUGAGAAGAAAGUACUAAGUGGGACAGCCUUAAUCACUGUAGAUGUUUUGCAAGACACUGGUGAAGUGAUUCUUGACACAAGCAAUCUUACCAUCCACUCGAUAGAAUUAGAAGAUGGCACCCCCUUGAAGUACACACUUGGGGAUGAUUUACCCAACUAUGGCUCCAAGUUGACUAUAAAGCUGCCUAAAACAGAGAUAGCAGGAGAGACGUUAAAGAUUAAAAUAGACUACGCGUGUUCGCAAACCGCGUCCGCCCUGCAGUGGCUGGAACCAAGCCAGACCUCGGGCAAGAAGCACCCUUACCUGUUCAGUCAAUGUCAGCCUAUUCACGCUCGCUCCAUCAUGCCCUGUCAAGACACGCCAGCCGUGAAGUUCACAUACGACGCGGAGGUCACAGCUCCCGAAGAGUUCACUGUUCUCAUGAGUGCUCUGCGUGAAGAGAGCCGCGGUGCUAAAGCCACCUUCCGGCAACCUGUGCCUAUACCGGCGUAUCUGCUGGCUAUUGCUGUGGGCGUGCUGGAGUCUAGAGAACUCGGGCCGAGGUCCCGAGUAUGGUCAGAGAAGGAAGAAAUCGAAAAGAGCGCUUGGGAAUUCGCGGAGACGGAGAAAUACCUACAAGCUGCCGAGCGGUUAUGCGGGCCGUACGUGUGGACGCAAUACCAUUUGCUGGUGCUGCCCCCUUCCUUCCCGUACGGGGGGAUGGAGAACCCGUGCUUGACUUUCGUCACUCCUACUUUACUGGCUGGCGACAGAAGCUUAGCAGACGUGUUAGUCCACGAGAUCAUGCACAGCUGGACAGGGAACCUGGUCACCAACAGGAACUUCGAGCACUUCUGGCUGAACGAGGGGUUCACCGUGUUCCUCGAGAGGAAAGUCGGCGCCUCGCUGAUCGAUGACAGCACAGAGGCCAAGAAGAGCAGGGACUUUCAUAGCUUACAGGGGCUCCAGGAGUUGACGGAGGCGGUCAGCGACCUUGGUCAGACCAAUCCGCUGACGCGGCUGGUGGUGGACCUGAAAGGAGUUCACCCUGAUGAUGCGUUCUCGACGGUCCCUUAUGAGAAGGGGUCGCUGUUUUUGAGAUAUCUAGAGGAUCUAGUCGGCGGGCCGGAGGUAUUCGACGACUUCCUCCGCUCGUACCUGAACCACUUCGCGCGGAAGUCCCUGGACACGGACCAGUUCAAGGCCUACCUGCUCAAGUACUUCAGCGACAGCAAGACAUUAAACGCGGUCGACUGGACCGCGUGGCUGAAUACCAGCGGCAUGCCUCCGGUUAUUCCUGACUACGAUACUUCAAUGACCAAAGCGAUCACAUCACUAUUGGGACAAAUUAACGAUAACCACGAGUUCAAAUUCGAUGACGUCACAGUGUUCACGCCUCACCAAAUAAUCCAUCUGCUACAAGAGCUGAUUGAGCGCCCGCCGCUGUCCGUUGAUAACCUGCGCAGUAUGGGACAGGCGUAUAAGUUGGACACGAGUAAAAAUGCUGAAAUUAAGUACAGGUGGCUGAGAUUGUGCAUCAGAAGUAAAGACCUAGAAAAACUAUCCGAAGCAUUAGAUUUCGUCAACAAACAGGGCCGUAUGAAGUACGUGCGACCGAUAUACAGGGACCUCUACGCCUGGGAAGAAGUGAGACAGCAAGCCAUAGACAAUUUCUUAGAAAACGAAAAAUAUAUGAUGCAUGUGUCUGCAUACACAGUGCGGAAAGACUUGCAUCUCAAUAAUUAAUGAAAUAAAAUAUUAGAUAAAUACAGUUUUGUAUUCUUUUAUUCAUGUAAGCUGAUAUUUUUUUACAUUUUUGUUAAGUGAGAUGUGAAUAAAAUAAUGUUCUAUUGAAAU